AUAAAGAAAGAAUAUUUCAAUGGCGUACAUGUAUAAUCAGAUGCAACAAGGGCAUAUGCCUUAUCAUGAUAAUACAUUCGGUCAACCUCUUCAGCCUCCCAGUCGCACUUUAUGGAUGGGUGAACUUGAUCCCUGGAUGGAUGAAAAUUAUUUACGACAAUUAUACUGGAGUUUAGGUGAAGAUGUUUCAUGUCGAAUUAGUAUUGAUAAAUAUGGAGGAACUUACGCAUUUAUCGAUUUUCCGGUUCAUGAAUCAGCCAGCAAAUUCUUACAAACAUAUAACGGAACACAGAUUCCUAACACAAGUAAAUACUUCAAGCUAAACUGGUCCAAUCGAGACGGUAAUGGCAUGCCAAUUCUUAAUCAUGUCUUGGAUCCUAAUGCAGGCGGUGGAUUUAGUAUAUUUGUUGGAGAUUUAGGAGCCGAUGUUGAUGACAAUGUAUUGUUAGCAGCCUUUCAAAGUCGAUAUGCAUCUACACGUUCAGCUAAAGUUAUGAUUGAUCCAGCAACAGGAUAUUCUCGAGGAUUUGGGUUUGUAAAAUUUAUGGAUGAAAAUGAUCAUCAAAGAUCUUUAGAAGAAAUGCAAGGUGUCUAUGUUGGUUCAAGACCUGUACGUGUAUCAGUAGCAAGACCAAGAGCAAAAUUUGAUGUAGGCUUGAAUCCUAAUACUCCAGAAUCAGAAAUUACUACCGUUUUUGUGGGAGGCCUGAAUAAUACAAUUACAGAAGAAGAAUUAAGAGCUUAUUUCGGAACAUAUGGUAACAUCUUGGCAGUAAAAAUUAUCCCGAAUAAAAACAUUGCUUUCAUUCAGUAUGAACAUCGAUCAUCAGCUGAACAAUCUAUUGCAGAACUAAAUGGUUCCCAUUUAGGAGGUGCAAAGUUAAGAUUAUCUUUUGGUAGGACUCAGUUAAAUCUUGGUCCAGGGUAGAGUCAACUAUUUUUUUUUUCUUUAUAAAGCAUAAAGGUUUACUUAUAAAUUCUAUUAUAUAGAGUUCAUUAUACGCCACCUGUGAAUACAGGUUUUCAACCUGUAUAUCCACCACAACAGCCUAUGGUAGCACCACCACCCCCUCCUAUUAUCCCACAGCCUGUUAUGCCUCCUCCUGAUUUAGUAAUGCCAAAGAAACAAGUUGACGUCAAUCUUCAAAAUGAAGAAUUUUUAACUUUGCAAGAACAGAAUUUUAUGUCUUGGAAUUUUACUCCUUUAAAUGUUGGUGAAACAUUAAAAUAAAAAUUAUGAUAAAACGUAAUUUUCCUGAAAAAAAAA